AUGUCUGCCUACACCCCGCCAGCGCCUUUCGACCCCAAGGAAGAGAAGUGGGGAUCCUACAUGUCUCGGUUCGAGUGCUUCAUGGUGGCAAACGACAUGCAGGGGCUACCGGACGUUCGGAAGAAAGCCCUGUUCCUGAGCCACUGCGGGCCAAGGGUCUUCGACACAGCCGAAGCAUUGUCAGAGCCGAAUUCGGUCCACAACAUUUCCUGGUCGACGCUACAGACCCUGCUGAAAGACCACUAUGCACCAAUGCCAUCGAAGUACGUCCAACGCUAUGAUUUCCGGCAACGGCUACAGCAGGAGGGCGAAUCGAUCAGCGAAUACAUCGCUGCCCUGCGUAAGGCCGCAACCCAAUACGAGGCCAGGGCACAAGAGUCGUCAACAAAGGCUGCAGAGAGACUAAAGAGCUCCCACUUAACCAGAACAACGCAAAAGACGGCACCAGUGCACCGAGAAGCCACGAGCACCGCGAGCGAAGGGGAGUCUGAAGAAGAGGUCUACCGCACCGAGCAGUCCCGCACAGCCCGCAGGGAGCCCAGAGACGGAUGCGCCAGCUGCGGAGGGUCCCACUCACGACAAAACUGUAAGUUCAGGGACACCAUUUGCCGUUCCUGUGAAAAAAGGGGCCGCAUCGCUCGGGUCUGCAGAUCCAAGGCACACCAGAGCUACAAACCACGUGGCCAACCCUUCCAAUCAGAGCCGGCACCACACCGAAGGCCCAACAGAGAUGGCGGAAACCGGAAGGGCGCGAAAUUUGAAGACGCUGGGGCCUACACCAUCCGCAUCACAGAGACCUGUACCUCGCCCGGAGAAAAGACCUACACCACGGUCGAGAUCGAGGGACGGGAGUGCCAGAUGGAGAUCGACACGGGGUCACCGAUAUCCAUCAUGUCGUGGGAAAACCUAAAGAAAAUCAUCCCCAGCGCACGCAAGCGACAGCUCCAGCCACAGCAACGCAGAUUGAAGGACUACCAGGGGAACCGCAUACCCGUCAAAGGAAGAGGCGAGUUCCAAGUACAGUACGGGGAGUUUACCGAGAAACUGCCCCUCACCAUAGUCAGCGACAACCUCCCAAGCCUCCUGGGCAUGGACUGGUUUAGAGCCCUAGGCAUGGGAUUCACCGGAGUGAGAAACGUUAGAAGCACCCUGAAGGAAGACCUGAUGCAGGAGUUCCAAGACGUGUUCGACGAAAGGCUGGGCAAGUAUGUGGGGACCCCGAUUUUGUUUAACCUCAACCCCAAUAUUGCACCCAUCCGCUUAAAGCCUAGGCGGGUACCGUUCGCCCUGAAGCCCAAAAUUGACAUUGAACUGGACAAAUUAAUCAAACAAGGGGUGCUUGUUCCAGUCGACCACGCCAAAUGGGAGACCCCAAUUGUUACGCCAGUAAAGCCGGACAGAUCAGUGCGCAUAUGCGCUGAUUAUAAAUGCACAAUUAAUAAGGCCCUGCAGCAGAGCGCCUAUCCAGUGCCCAUCGUUCACCAUUUGUUGCAUUCCCUGGGCCCCGGCAAGAUCUUCGUAAAACUCGAUCUUGCGCAGGCAUACCAGCAACUGCCGGUAGAUGGCGCUACCGCAGAGGCACAGAUUAUCGUAACCCACAGAGGGGCCUUCAAGUGCACCCGCUUGCAAUUCGGAGUAAGCAUAGCCCCCGGACUUUUCCAAAGUACCAUGGAGCGGCUACUACAAGGGAUCCCCGGGGUGGUGCCCUAUUUUGAUGAUGUGCUCAUUACCGCCGACAAUGAGCAGCAGUUAAGAGAAAGACUGAGGGGAGUCCUAAGGAAAUUCAGGGAUGCAGGACUCAGAGUAAAACAAAAUAAAUGCAUGAUCGCAGUUCCCUCAGUCGAAUUCCUAGGGUACAGGGUAGAUGGCACCGGCAUACACCCCACAGAAAGCAAGAUCAGGGCAAUCAGAGAAGCACCCACCCCCAAAGACAAGGCAGAGUUACAGGCCUUCCUGGGACUAUUAAACUUUUACGCCAUCUUCCUUAAAGACAAGGCAACAGUGGCAGAACCCCUACAUAGACUGUUAACCAAGAAAGCCACAUGGAAAUGGGGGAAGGCUGAAGACAGGGCAUUCGCCGGCAUCAAAAAACUGUUAUCAGCUGAAAGCUUUUUAAUACAAUACAAUGCAACGCUUCCCCUUGUUCUAGUAUGUGACGCGUCCCCGUUUGGGGUGGGAGCCGUCCUGAGCCACAGACUCCCGAAUGGCCUAGAAGCGCCCAUUGCGUACUACUCCCGGACUCUAUCAAGCACUGAGCGAAAUUAUAGCCAGCUCGACAAGGAGGCCCUCGCCGCCGUUUCGGGGGUAAAGAAAUUCCACAAGUACUUGUUUGGGAGGGACUUUGAACUAAUCACCGACCAUCGACUGCUCCUGGGUCUCCUCACGGGAGAUCGACCAACCCCGGCAGCACUAUCGCCCAGGAUGACACGCUGGGCCAUCUUCCUCGCAGCAUACUCCUAUCGCCUGGUACAUCGACCAGGGGCGGACAUGGGCAAUGCGGACGCGAGGGGGUGGCCGGAAAAGAUUGGGAGCGGGGAAUUUAAACCGUUCGCGGGAAAACGGGACAAGCUGACAAUGCAAGGGGGGUGUUUGCUAUGGGGCGAUCGGGUUGUUAUUCCUUUACGUUUACGGGAAAAGGUUUUAACAUUGUUGCAUGAGGGGCACCCUGGGAUUGUAAGAAUGAAGGGGCUAGCCAGGAGCUACGUCUGGUGGCCCAGCAUGGACACAGACAUUACCGAGUGGGUGGAGAGAUGCCAGCCCUGCCAAGAGUCCAGAUCAGAUCCACCAAUGGCGCCCGUGAGGGAGUGGGAAAGGCCCCAGGGACCCUGGUCCAGGAUACACAUUGAUUUUGCAGGCCCAUUUCACGGACAGACCUUCAUGGUCAUUGUAGACUCAUUCUCCAAGUGGUUGGAGAUCAAGCUAAUGAAGGCCACUACCACCGACGCAACCAUCAGGGAGCUGAGACAGUUAUUCGCCACCCAUGGGUUACCGGACAUCCUAGUGUCAGAUAACGGGCCACAAUUCACCGCGACACAAUUCGAGGGCUAUUUAGCAGGACUAGGGAUCAGACAUGUCCUUUCAGCCCUGUUUCAUCCGGCCAGUAACGGACAGGCAGAGAGAUUUGUAAGGUCAGCAAAGGAGGCCCUUUCACGUUUAAGCCCCGGAGACUGGCAGGAAAGGAUAGAUAAGUUUUUAAUAGCGCAGCACUCCACACCCUGUACAGCCACAGGCCGAAGCCCAGCAGAACUAUUAAUGGGAUGGAAACUCCGAGGAAUACUAGAUAGGCUCAACCCCAAUUACUCUCCAGAGGUUUUCAAGGGCGGGGGAGAGGAAGCUUAG